AUGUCUUUCCGGUUACAUCUCAUCCGACACGCAGAGGGAACACACAAUCCCGGACAUGACACAAACAUUCACGACCCACCAUUGACAGAGAAAGGGAUUGAACAAUGCUUGGAACUCUGUCAAGACUUUCCCUUCAAGGACAGUGUUGGCCUAGUGAUGACAUCUCCACUCCGACGCACUCUUCAAACAGCCCGCCUGGGCUUCCAGCAAACUAUCGAUGAGACAUAUUACGCCCAAGGCUCCGGGGUCGGGGUUCAAAAUGGUGCGCAUCUUCUGUUAGAACCAGAUGUGCAGGCACACUCAGCUCGACCAUGUGACACUGGUUCAGAUAUCGCUAUCUUACAUACGGAGUUUUAUGAUCUUCCCUGGGAGCUCUUAGAUAUGGACCCUACAUUCCCGGCAAAGGAAGGUCUUUACGCUAGUGACUCUGAGUGCUUGAAGCUGCGCGGAGCCCGAAUCCAGCGUCGACUGGAGCAGAAAUUCAACGAACUAAAGGAUGGUGGAAGGCCUGACAUUGUCGUCGUUACACAUGGCGGGUUUUUGAGCUCCGUCAUCGGUCAAGAGAAAACAGAAGUUGGACAGGCAAAGUGGAAGAGUUUUAUGGUGACAUUCGAUAAGGACUCGAGAAUUGUUGUGGAAUCAGGUUUGGGAGAAUGCACCAGGCUUUGA